UAGUCCAAGCGGCUUGAGAUGUGUGGACGCACCAAACAGGCCAGCCCCCAACCUCCUUCAACAUAAUCAUCUUCAUCACCAUCAUCAGUCGUGUCGCAGCUAACCCUAACUUUGACCUGUUGCGCUCACAAACGAGUCGCGCAUCUCCGCCAAACUCACGGCCAGCCGAGUUUCAUUUGCCAAGAUUGUCCCGUUCCUUGGGCAUUUUUGUUUUUUUCCCCGUUCAAGUGCUCGUGCCAUUAGCGACGAAUUCGCCCGCAAUUGCCGCAUCGAGUGUUUCGAUUCCGUUCCUCGUCGUCUUGUGUCGGCCGGUUUUGUUUUUUGCGUUUCAGUUUUUUUCUUUUUCAGUCGACUGUCCGGUUGGCUUCCGUCACAGAAAAGUGAUCAACGUCAGACAAGUGCGGACGACAGUGAUGUGUUGGUCGCUCACAAACAUUCGAGAUUGUCGCCACUGAUUCGUUCAUCCUCUUUUCGAGUGCGUUGAAUAUUGCUAGCGAAUCUUCCUCGAUUAGACGCUGACCGGGAAUAACGUCUAAUACAACAGAAUCGUGGUCAGCUUUGAAUUCACAACGAAUUGUAUAACGCGGGUUCGCCCUUGACUCGUUUCGUAAAUGUUAUCCGAAAACAUGUUGCCACAAAAGCUGCAGUAUUCAGAAACGGGCGGUUCGGGCCCCAGUCCGACGUCAAUAGGCUCAUCGAUGACCAUGUGCCAGACGACUAUGGUCCCUUCGAUGUCGUCCAUGGCCUCGGCUUAUUCCAUCAGCUCGGCCGCCGCCGCAGCCGCCGCCGGAAUGAACGGAAUGGGCAUGACGUGUAUGAACAUCAGUUCCAUGUCUUCGUGCUCACCUCAGACGUCGGCGGCCGCCGCCGCUGCCGCCGGAUCGUCCGUGUUCGGCAUGUCCAAUUUGGGCGGCGGCAAUGGCGGCGGUGCUGGCCAAGGGCACGCGACGAUGAACAACACGACUUGCAUGUCUCCCGGCAUGAGUGUCAGCGGUUCUUACGCAAUGCGGAGUGGCAUCGACUCCGGAAUGGGCCAGUGCAUGUCGUCGACGUUCGGCGGCGGAGUGCCGUCGUCCAUGGGACCUUCCAUGGGCAACACGUCGGCCGCUGGGCGCUCGAGUGGCGAUUUGGCGUCGUCCAGUGACCAAAGCUUACGCGGAGGCGGUGGUGGAGGCGGCGGAGGCGGCGGAGCCGUUGGCAGUGCAGUUGCCAACAGCGGCGGCGGCGGCGGCGGCAUCGCCAGUGGUAACGCGUCGAGCGGCGGACGCAACGACAACAAAGCCUAUCGGCGCAGCUACACGCACGCCAAGCCGCCUUACUCGUACAUUUCGCUCAUCACGAUGGCCAUUCAGAAUUCACCGACCAAGAUGCUGACGCUGAGCGAGAUCUACCAGUUCAUCAUGGACCUGUUCCCGUUCUACCGGCAGAACCAGCAGCGCUGGCAGAACUCGAUCCGGCAUUCGCUCUCCUUCAACGACUGCUUUGUCAAAGUGCCGCGCACGCCCGACAAGCCCGGCAAGGGCUCCUUCUGGGCCCUCCACCCGGAGUCCGGCAACAUGUUCGAGAACGGAUGCUACCUCCGCCGGCAGAAGCGCUUCAAGUGCGACGCCAAAAAGGAAACGAGUCCCGGUGGCGUGUCGGGCAUCGGUUCCGGCCGCUCCAAUCACAAGAGCGAAGGAUCGCACAAGAAGGCCGACGGGCGACACCAACUCCAGAGCGGACACGACAGCAGCAGUGACGAAGACAUGAUCAACGAUUGUCAAAUGAAAGACAGAGCUUCCAAUCACCGGUCCAUGAUUCAUCAUCAGAGUGGCAACCUAAUCGGAGGCCAAUUGAUGUCGGAAGAUCUGCACCAGCAGCACGGACUGAAAGUCAACGGCGACAAAAGAGCUGGCGGCACAUUGUCUACAAAUCAUCACGGCUCGCUCCACCAGGAUUCGGCCGUUCUGCCGGCCAUGCUGCAGCACCACGAAGACGGGCUGGAGGCGAUGGCCAACGACCCGGAGACGGUGAUCCCGACGACGGUGGCCCAGCACGGCAUGGUGUGCGACGACCGUUACGAAAAGUACAAAACCUACGAGAAGUACGACCCUGGCGCCAUGGAGUUCAACGCGCUGUCGCAACGCUAUCUGGCCGGCGAUAUGGGCAUCGGAGGUCAGGGUCAACUUCUAGGCCCGUCCAUCGGUCUCCACGGACUCAAAGACGCAACGGCUUACACGUUGGCCUCCCACCCGUUCUCCAUUCAACGACUCCUCCCCGGAGCUACCGACCCCAAAUCCGACGUCAAAAUGUUCGACAUGGGCCCAUACGGAGGCUACGCGACGCUCGGCUCCGGACAUGGUCAGGGUUCCUUACAUCACGACAACAGCAACUACUACCAGGCGUCGUUCUACCACCAGAAUAUGCACCACCACAAUAGCCAAGCUCACCAUGGCAAUCACCACCAUCACCACCACGGGGGUCACCAUCACGGAUCGACAGCAUCGCCUUCCACUUUAUGACAAUUAUGAGGCGUUCGUUACGAAAAUCGCUCGUUGCGUCCCACCAGACAUGCCCUGCAACUGCAGCGAACGCUCCAUCGAGUCAUUUAGAGCCGCAAAUACGUUUUUCAUUUUUCGCCUAUUUCCCUAUAGAGAGAUAUAAGAUAAGCGGAGAGAAGACUAAGCAAUCCAUUCUUUUACCACCAUUUUAUAGUAUGUAUAUAUAUCAAUCUAUAUACACAGAGUACAGGGUAUAUUGGCAUAUUCGAUUGAUUGUCGAGCAGCGUCUCCAAGCUGGGCGAAUAAGACGGACGGGGGAAAAAAAAAAAAACAUAUAAUAUUGCAAGUGCAAUACGCAUCUCACUACAUUCCACAUUCCAUUGUCUCACGGUCGUGCAUGUUGACAGAAUAUCAUUUGGCUAAAUUCGCGGAACUGUUGGUGUAUCAUAUACAAGACGAAUCGCUAGAUGAGGCCAACUGGAUUAUAUACGUCUGCUGUGCAGCAGACAAAAGAUAAUUUAGCCAAUAGAGUCUAAUAGCCUAUUUCGUUGACGGACUUGUUCAUUCAAAACACUUUUGUAUUUUUCCUUUCUCUGAUCGACAAGUAGACGAAAUGCGCUAACUAAAAUGCACAUCACAACUUUGAUUCUCUUCUUCUUACCUUUUCUCCUUUGCCGUUCGUUAUUUUCGACUGAUCUUCAGACACACACAUACAAAAAAAAAAUAUUUCUUAUACUUUUGACAUUCCCCCUAUAUACUAAAAACCUUGAUUAUAUGAUUCAUUUGUGCGUCGUAAACGACUUAUGUGAUAGGCUGUUGUUUAUGUUUGAAGUGUCACGAUUUGAGCAAUGGGCGUCAUGAUUUGAUAUCCGGCAGGAGCUUUUGAGGCUCGUCGUCUAUUUGAAUUGCUGACGUGAAACGGUGUGAACGUUUAGAGACGCGGCUACGCAGGAUAAUAGACCUCGUAGUCUAUAUGCCGAUACAAUUCAGUUUGUAAAUACAUCAUAUAGAAUACAAGUAAAUAUAGCAUAGUCUUGUACGUUGGCAUGUUUGACGUUUGUUUUUAUCUUAAACUGAACCCAUAUAUAUACUGUAUUCAGUUGUUUGGUUCUGGCUGGUUAAGGUGCACUCCCCACACACAAAAUGAAAUGCGACGUCCAUCGGCCAUUAGAUCGAGAUUUUGUCAAGCUUAUAUAUAAGUAUGUAGCUAUAAAGGUCUCUGGGCUACACCUGAGCUCAAUUCACCACGCGGAAUUCGUUGUUCAUUUCCUUUGGACUGUCGCAAAAUCAGAAAGGGAUUUAUUAUUAUUAUUAUAGAAGCCAAUCUCAAAUGGGUUGACAUUUUGAUCAAUGGUAAAUGCAUCACCAACUAUUUUUGUGUGAAGAGACAUGUUUUUUUGUUUUUUUCUUAUUCUCCUUUCGUUGUUAUUCUGUUGGAAUUGUCUUUCCGUGCUGCGAUGUCUAUUUGCGUGUUGGUCCUCCUCGGCCGUGUGCUCUUCGCCGUGUUCGCUACUAAUAAUCCCCCAUCGUUUACUAAUAUCUACAUAUAUUGGACUGUACAACUAUAUAUCAUACAAAAUGAUUAUUACUUUACAAUUGUAACUGUGUAUUACGUACAUGUGUACGUGCUCGUUUGGCCUGUACUUCAGGAUCGAAAAUCUGUUACGUGUAUAAUAAACCAGUGGAAAAUUGGA